GUCAGCUCUCGCGAGAGCUCUCGCGAGCGUUGCCGUGACUGGCUGAGGCGGCGCACCUGUGUCCGCGUCCAGCUGCUGUGAGGCCGAAGGUUCUCGAGGCUCCGGCGAGCACAGACCAUGCUCCGAGCGGCGGCUCCGAAGCGUCUCCGGCGGGCGGCUUCAUGGCUGCGAUUUCAGAGUACCCUGGUAAUAGCCGAGCAUGGAAAUGAUACCCUAGCACCCAUUACAUUAAAUACCAUCACUGCAGCCAAACGUCUUGGAGGUGAAGUGUCCUGCUUAAUAGCUGGAACCAAAUGUGACAAGGUGGCACAAGAUCUCUGCAAAGUAGCAGGCGUUGCAAAAGUUCUGGUGGCUCAGCAUGAUGCAUACAAGGGCCUCCUUCCAGAGGAGCUGACGCCAUUGAUUCUGGCAACUCAGAAGCAGUUCAAUUACACACACAUCUGUGCGGGAGCAUCUGCCUUUGGAAAGAACCUUUUGCCCAGAAUAGCGGCCAAACUUGAUGUUGCCCCAGUUUCUGACAUCAUUGCGAUCAAGUCACCUGACACAUUUGUGAGAACUAUUUAUGCAGGAAAUGCUUUAUGUACAGUGAAGUGCGAUGAGAAAGUAAAGGUGUUUUCUGUCCGAGGAACAUCUUUCGAAGCUGCAGCAACAAGUGGAGGUAGCGCCAGUUCAGAAAAGGCAUCAGAUACUUCCCCGGUGGGGCUGUCGGAAUGGCUUGACCAGAAAUUAACAAAAAGCGACCGGCCAGAGCUAACUGGCGCCCAGGUGGUGGUGUCUGGUGGUCGGGGUUUGAAGAGUGGAGAGAACUUUAAGUUGUUAUAUGAUUUGGCAGAUCAACUUCAUGCCGCAGUUGGUGCUUCUCGUGCUGCUGUUGAUGCUGGCUUUGUUCCCAAUGACAUGCAAGUUGGACAGACGGGAAAAAUAGUAGCCCCAGAACUUUAUAUUGCUGUAGGAAUAUCUGGAGCCAUCCAACAUUUAGCCGGGAUGAAAGACAGCAAGACAAUUGUGGCGAUUAACAAAGACCCAGAAGCUCCAAUUUUUCAAGUGGCAGAUUAUGGGAUAGUCGCAGAUUUAUUCAAGGUAGUUCCUGAAAUGACUGAGCUAUUGAAGAAAAAAUGAGUCGUGAUCGUGUCGUAAAGAAAAUUAUAUGUCUGAGUAUUCAGCUGAAAUCAUAGAAUUCCAUGGCUGUUAUUGGAAACCUUGCAGAGCUGUAUUUCAGAAUUCGAGGAAAAAUUCUAACAGAUGCUGGAAUGCUUUUUUAUGGGGCUGUUAUUAUGUUUCUUUUAUUAUGUUUCAAUUAUUUGUGGUUCUAAACAACUAGUUUUUGAAAUUUUCUAAUUCUGCAAUAAAUAUAUAAUAAAGUCUUUCCACAGCUUUACAACUACCAGAAA